ACCUGGAAGCCUUCCCAGCUCCACCUGCAAACAGGGUUGAGGGGUAUUUUACCGACUCUUUCACACUGUCCAAUCUUACUUUCUUGAGCUACUUCCUUUAGGCAUGUCUUCCACAAAUGUUGGUUCAGAGCUGAAAGGCUCUACUGAAUCCCCCUUAACCAUUCAGGAAAUAAUUGAGAGGAUAUCCAAAUUGCGUGAUAGCCUUCCAAGCGAGGAUGAAGAAGAGGGGGAUUCACCUCAGCAAACCACUGGCGGCACCAUCACUGCUGCUGAUAAGCAAGAUGGUUCUGAAAGUGGAGAUGUUAGGCAGGAGAACGACAAUGAGACCAACAAACAGGAGGAAGAUGUUAGCCAGCAGGAGAACAACAAACAGGAGGAAGAUGUUAGCCAGCAGGAGAACAAUGAUGAGAGCAAGAAAAAGGGGGAAGAUGUUAGCCAGCAGGAGAACAAUGAUGAGAGCAACAAAAUGGACGAAGAUGCUAGCAAGAAGAAGAGUGAUGAGAGCAACAAAAAGGACAAAGAUGCUAGAAAGAAGAAGAGUGAUGAGAGCAACAAAAGGAAGGCAGUGCUCCACGAGUUGGUGAAAUUUCGCAAAGAACUCCAGUAUAUGAUCAGCUCGUUCGAGAAACUCAAGAAGUUUGAAACUAAUCUAAGAGAGCCACUCCAAACUCUUGACGACAAUGUGCAAGACAUCUUGAAAGAUCUACCUUGUGUCACAGUUAGCAAGUUACCGAAACAGGUUCCACUCAAUCUACGUGUGCUCAGAAACAACAUCACCAGAGUCAAAAUCCAGAUCCCGUUGCAACAUCAAACCGCCAACACAAAUUCUGAAGCUAAUCGGCCUUGGCAGACAACCGUCGCCACCAGCGAGGCCGACCUGCCUCACCUAUACGAUGAAGCUAAAUUUGAAAGCAGCUAUUAUUUCAAAGAAAUUGAGGAAAAAUACAACGAACUUGAUGACAGGCAGAAGCUCUGCUUGUUGUGUUUCGUGAUUUUUCCUGAAAAUGCCGAGAUGAAGAAGAGGCUGUUAAGAUUUUGGUGGGUUGGAGAAAAGCUACUCUCAGUCAAAGAGGAAAAGGAGGAGAUGGAACUAGUAAGUCAAACAAUUCAGACAUUCGUGGAGAAGGGAUUAAUCGAGCCUGUUCAGAAGAAAAAUAAGUUACAGCCCAGAAGCUACAAGAUGAACCCAAUUGUUCGUUCGUGCUUGAUCAAGUUUGCCAAGCAGGCUGGUUUCUUUGAUUAUGACUCAGAGGGAAAACCCACCAUGGAUUUUUCAUCUUGCAAAAAGGCAUGUAUGGUAAAAUCUGGAGCCCCUGCUGAUUGGUUCUCUGCUUAUCUUACAGGCACGGUAACGGAAACUGCGCAAAACGAAGGUACGGUAACGGAAACUGAGCAAAAAAAAGGUACGGCAACGGAAACUGCGCAAAACGAAGGUACGGUAACGGAAACUGAGCAAAAAAAAGGUACAGCAACGGACAGGUUAUCCGCAGAUCUGGUAAAGCUGCAGAUGUUGUUCAAUUUUCCUAAGCGGAAGACAUUGUUGGAAGCAAGUCAGCGUUUUCAUGAGUUGCAGACAUUGUUCAAUAUAAGUAAGCAAUUCCCUGCUUUACCCAAGGAGUGGUUUUCUAAGAUGACGGGCAUCAAUGUUCUUUAUCUGGGUAGAUGGGAAAGCGGGGCUGGGCGCCAGCGUCACAUUGAGGUGGAAGACACUGACUUCUUAAAAGGGUUGAAAUACAUGAAGAAAUUAAGGCUGCUUAGUCUUCAAGGCAUUUCAGGUAUCCCAAAGCUUCCCAGUUCUCUUUGCAAGCUCGCUAAUUUGAGGAUCUUAGAUCUUAGAGCGUGUCACAGUCUAGAGAAGCUACCAGAAAGGAUAGGCUCACUUAAGAAGCUGACUUACUUGGAUUCAUCUGAGUGCUAUCUGCUUGAUGACAUGCCCAAACAGCUGAAUCAACUCGAGCAACUGCAAGUCCUCAAGGGUUUUGUGAUUGGCAAUGACAGAAAUUCGUGUACUCUUGCGGACUUGGCAGAGUUAAAGAAACUGAGAAAACUCAGUGUCAAUGUAAACACCACGGAGUUCAACAUAGAGGAUGCAGGGCUAGCUCUCUCCAAAUUUCAGAAACUUCAGAAGUUGAAAAUUGCGUGGGGUUCAGGGGGGUUGACGGGAAAUAACUCUACGCAGAACAGUAUUGGACAGCAAUCAGAUCCGUCAAAUCCGAAUGGAGAAAGCAAGAAGCAGGACAAGGAUGCUGUAAAACCGAAGACCCAGAACCAGGUAAGUAGUGCAGCGAAAUCCCCUAGUGGAAAACAGGACAAGGGAGAAGAUAAUGGCAAUCGGGAAAGCAGUGCAGGUGACCAGGAAGGAGCUUACAAAAAGUUGAAAAGUGGUGAAGCAAACUCGAAGUCCAUGAACCAGGAGGACGACAAGAAAGGGCGAAACAUCGGUGCAGCGAAAUCAGUGGCCUUCAAUGUGAGCGAGAAACAUGGCAGCAAGAAGCAGGAAACUGUUUUACAAAAGCGAACCCCACUAAUGAAACUAACGUCACUAAGGCGAGAAAGAAAACCAACAAAUUUUGAAGGCCUUGAGAGUCUGGUGAAGCUGGACCUUCAAUGCUUCCCUCACACAGAACCGCCCACGUGGCUAACACCCAAAAUGCUGAACAGCCUACAGAACCUCUCCGUUCGAGGUGGAAGACUCCGUCACCUAAAUCAGGAGGGUAAGGAGAAGUGGAAGGUGGAGACCUUACGUUUGAAGUUCUUGAUUGAUUUUAAGAUGAACUGGAAAGAAAUGCUGGAACAAUUUCCAGAACUGAAGUAUUUGGAGAAAGUUAGAUGCCCUCGAAUCACAUUCUGUCCGUGCGAUGCACGUGGAGUGUGGCAAGAAUCUCCCAAAUCAAGUUGAAAAGUUUGAAGAUUUCUGCCAGAUUUGGCUAUUUCGGCAUCAUCGGCUGCUUUCCAUUUUUUCUUUUCGGUUCUUGUUUUUGAAAGACUGGAAGUGUGUUGCAUUCUCAGUUUCACUUUUUUUUUUUCCUUCUUCUAAAAGCAUUGUUGUAUUCGAUAAUUUUGUUCUCUUUAUUAAUUAAGCUUGCCUAAAGAAAAACAUCUAAGGUUUAUUUCCCAUAAA